AAUCGCCAUUCGCCAUCGCCAUUCUGACAGUCGCCCGUCGCCAAUCGGCAUCAUCGGCAUUUGGUAGCUGCAAUUUAUAAUUUUGCGUCGCAGUUUUAUUUACUUAGGUAUACAUAGCAGUUUAAAUAUUAUUAAUUUAAAAGACGCCUAAUUUAUUUCCACUUUCGUGUAUACUAUAACCACCCAGAAUGGCUGAAGAUUUGGAUGUUGAGGCCAUGUUGGAGGCGCCAUACAAUAAAUCUGAUAACACUUCCUCUUCAAAGCAACGAUCGGACAAGUAUUCUGAUAAGCACAAAGAAAAAGACAAAGACACCAGUCGAAGAAGAAGUCGGUCAAGAGACAGAAGAAGAUCAAAAGAUAGAGAAUCACGACGUUCAAAAGAUAGGGAUGAUAAAAAAGAUAAGGAUCGUGACAGGGAGAGGGAUAGAGAACGUCGGGACCGCGACAAGGAUCGUGGGCAUAGAGAUAAGGAUCGCGAACGGGAAAAGGAACGUGAACGUGACAGGGAUAAAAGGCGCAGUAAAGAAAAAGAACGUAGUCGUGACAGAGACCGGAGUCGCGAUCGUCAUGCACACAAAAAAGAAAAAAGUGCUGAAAAGGAACCCCGUAAAGAUUACCGCUCCAAGUCAAGGGGUCUCGAUCCAAAAGUAGAAGAUUUACCCCCCGAAGAGAGAGACUUGCGAACAGUAUUUUGUAUGCAAUUAUCUCAAAGAAUUCGGGCAAAAGAUCUUGAAGAAUUUUUCUCAUCUGUAGGAAAAGUGCGAGACGUAAGACUUAUUACAUGUAAUAAAACAAGAAGAUUUAAAGGCAUUGCAUACAUUGAAUUUAAAGAUGCCGAAUCUGUGCCUUUGGCUCUUGGCUUAACUGGACAGAAACUGCUGGGAGUCCCAAUAAUAGUACAACACACACAAGCUGAAAAAAAUAGAGUAGGUAAUACAUUGCCCAAUUUGGCACCCAAAACUAGCAAUGGACCAACAAGACUCUAUGUUGGAUCUUUACACUUUAACAUUACUGAAGACAUGCUUAGGGGGAUAUUUGAGCCUUUUGGAAAAAUUGACCAUAUUCAGCUUAUGACGGAUCCAGAAACUGGAAAAAGUAAAGGCUAUGGUUUCCUCACGUUCCAUCAUGCUGCUGAUGCAAAGAAAGCCAUGGAACAAUUAAAUGGUUUUGAAUUGGCUGGACGUCCAAUGAAAGUUGGAAAUGUUACUGAAAGGACAGAUGGUGGUUCCAGUACCCGAUUUGAUGCUGAUGAAUUAGACCGUGCAGGCAUUGAUCUUGGUGCUACCGGACGUUUGCAGUUAAUGUUUAAGCUAGCAGAAGGAACUGGUUUACAGAUACCACCAGCCGCAGCAUCUGUUCUGAUGGGAAGUGGUUCAACAUUUGUUACUCCACAGCCACAAGUUGCACCUCCCAUUGCUACCCAAUGCUUUAUGCUUAAUAACAUGUUUGAUCCAGCUAGUGAAACAAAUCCAAGCUGGGAUGUAGAAAUAAGAGAUGACGUAAUAAGCGAAUGCAACAAACAUGGUGGCGUAUUACACGUGUAUGUAGAUAAAGCUUCACCACAAGGAAAUGUAUACUGCAAGUGCCCCACGAUAGCGACGGCAGUAGCAUCGGUGAAUAGUUUACACGGCCGGUGGUUUGCAGGCCGAGUUAUCACAGCUGCAUAUGUUCCACUUGUUAAUUACCAUUCCUUGUUCCCUGACGCUAUGACCGCCCUCACAUUGCUAUUACCAUCUCGACAACGAUAGAAUAAAACUUCGAUUCAAUAAAGCAUUUAUUGUAAUUUUAUAUCAUGAUUGAAAAACAUGUGUGUAUUUAAUAACAAUUCAAUUAAUGUACUAUCUAGUUAAACUAUUAAGUUUAGAUAAUAAAGUUAUUAGACAUACAUUA